GAAAUGUCUUACUGAGUGCCAUAUUCCUCUGCUUGGCCACUUAUCAGUCCAUCUAUCCCAUCACCCUGUGCGCUCCUGCCAUGCUGUAUUUUAUGCAGCGUCAGUACAUCCCAGUGAAUUUCCGUCGGGUCAGCUUCUGGUGGUUCAUCGUGCAGUAUCUCUUCAUGUACCUCGGCAGCUUGUUUGUCCUCAUCGGUCUCUCCUUUUUCCUGCUCGGCUCCUGGGACUACCUGCCCUCCGUCUAUGGCUUCAUAUUUGAUCAGUUCAUUGUCCUGAGGAACAUCUUCCUGGUGUCCUGUGUCUUGCUGGCCUGUUCGGCUCUGUUCCCGGUUCUCUGGCACCUCUGGAUCUACGCCGGCAGCGCCAACUCCAACUUCUACUACGCCAUAACUCUGCUCUUCAACGUGGCGCAGAUCCUGCUGGUGUCAGAUUAUUUCUACGCCUUCUUGAGGAGAGAGCACCACCUCACCAAUGGGCUGUACCUGAAGAGGAAGGACGGCUCUGAGGCGACGCUGAUUCUCAAAUAAAACGCACCCGUGUUUGC